CCUCCUCGCCUCUCCUCCCGCGCAAAACUCAACCCGCCAGACCGACCAUGAAGCGCCCCAGCCGCGCCCCGGGAGCGACGUUCGGGGCCUUCGGCGCUCCGGGCGGGACGGGCACCCUGUCGUACCUGGCCGAGCCGCCGUCGUUUAGCGCCGUGUCGGAUCCGAACGUUGUCGUCAGCCUCAAGAACCUGCUCAAGAAGGACAGCACCACCAAGACCAAGGCGCUCGAGGACCUGCUGGCCCACGUCCAGGCCUGGCCCCACGAGCGCAACGGCGGCGUCGAGGAUGCGCUGCUGGACGUCUGGACCGCCGUCUACCCCCGCCUCAGCAUCGAUAACGCCCGCCGCGUCCGCGAGCUGGCGCACAGCCUGCAGUUCGAGCUCAUCAAGUCGGCGCGGCGGCGGGCCGAGCGGCACAUCCCCAAGAUCGUGGGUGCCUGGCUGGCCGGGCUGUACGACCGCGACCGCGGCGUUGCGCGCGCCGCCAGCGAAGGCCUGUCGUCGCUCAUCAACACCCCGGAUAAGGUCGCCGCCUUCUGGCGCAAGUGCCAGGCGCAGAUCCUCGACUACGCCAUCGAUGCCAUCCGUGAGACCCCCGACACCCUCAGCGAUGACCGGUCGACGACCAAGGACGACGCCGAGGCCAAAUAUAUCCGCGUCGUGGCCGGCAGCUUGUCGCUGGUGCUCAGCCUGCUGCAGCGGCUUACCGACGAGGAAAUCGCCGGCCUAGGCGACAAGCUGGACGACUUCUUCUCCGAGGACGCCGUCUGGCGCGCCAUUACCUUCAACGACGCCGCCGUGCGGAAAACGGUGUGCCACCUCCUCAUCACUUGCCUCAACCGCAAGCUCCCUUAUGCCGAAUCCACACAAGCGAGGCAGGCCAUGGUCACGGGCGGCCUCAAGACCAACCAGACCGGGUCAGCGCUUGACUAUGUCCGCGCCCUGACGAGGCUGUCACGGGCCGUCCCUGAUCUUUGGACACCUGCACCCAAAGAAAAGAAGCCCGCGCUUUCACGAUUGCGGCAGUUUAUCGAAAAGGGAUCACAGGGCUGUCCCGCAAAGUUCUGGGAGCAUCUUGACGAGCUGAUAUCCGUCCUGCCAGAGGCCCAGAUGAAGAAGCUGGAGACGGCCUCUGAGUUCCUGGAAGCUGUCAAAGCCGGUGUCACAAAUCGCGAAGAGCCCCGGACAAACACCUCCAUGGCCUGGAAGUGCUAUAUCGAUACCCUCAAGCGCUUAAUCAAGAACCUUUCCGACGACGAGAAGCUUGUCUUCGCCCGCGAGCAAGUAUUCCCACUCUUUGAACAUUCGCUUCUCACCGUGUCCGACAAGCCGGUGGCCAUUCCCUUGGGACCCAAUGCCAUGAGCAUCUUGGUGGAAGCCCAUCUUACAAUUCUUCGGGGCCCUUCAGUCGUCGUUGCGGCAUCAGCAGAGGAGUGGGAACGGCUAGGUCAGUUGCUGUGCACCAGAAUCUCAAAUUCUUUGCCGGAGGUGUCUCGCGAGUACCAGUCGUCACAGGAAAAGAUUGGCGAGGAGGGCCGCCGGUGGUUCGGCCUUGUCGGAGAGAUCCACCGGAAGUUGGCCAGCAUCGGAGAAUCUCUGCCUGACCAGACAGCCGCUCCAUCCAAGACUGUCAUCGACCAGUGCGUAUCCAUUCUGCAGAAUCGGAAUAUGAAGCCGUUUGGGGCUGCAGUUGCCCUCGAAUACGCACUGAGCACCGCCCAGCACCUCUUCGACGGCGAGACCGGAGACAAGGUCGCGGAGUUCUUAUCUACCGCUGCACGAGACUCGGCGGAAAAGGUCAUACAGUCGGCCUCAAGCAGACCGCUGUUGUCCUGCCUUAACCUGUUGGGGGCAAUCCCCUCCCGAGAACAAACGUACCGCACCAUUUGGAACUCGUGGAUCGAGGCGGUCUUGGAGUUCCCUGACCGCGCCACUCGCAACUCGGCCCUCGCCUCCCUCAUUUCCGAAGAAAAGGCAUCCGAGCCCACGCAAGGGAAUGCUAAGCUCCAGGCGUACAUCAUUUCAGAAGCUAUCGAGGCUGUCAAGGGCCAGGCACCUGGAUGGGAGCUGCUAGAGGCUGCCAUGAACGAGAAAGGCCUCUCUGACGAGAGCUGCAAACAACUUUCCGAAAAGCUAUUAGACAUCUUAGACAAGGAACAGGCAUUGGCAGAACCGGCACUGAGAGCAUUAGAGAUUAUUGCCAAGGGCAGGCCACAGCUCUUUACCGAAAACGACUCUCUUCAUACAGCUUUGGUUGCACAGCUAUUGAGUCUCUCUGAAAUCAGCAGCAAUGUCGUCUCAUCAAAGGCCAUUGCGAUCCGCGCUAUUCUGCAGGGCGAGGGAGGUGCCGGCACUCAGCCGGUCAUUGAAAUCAUACAAGACAACCUCGAGGGAGCAGGCCCUCAGUCGUUGGAUAUCGAGACGCUCUCCAAGCAGGCUCAACAGGCACACGCUGCCGGCAUCGCCGUUGAGGAAAUCUUUCCCGGCACGAAUGCCUGGAUGCAGAAGCUGGCGCCCUUCUUGGAACAGCCCAUCAACCCGUCUCUGUCAAUCACCAACAGCCUGGGCGGUGCUGCCACGCUGGCCAAUGUGACGGCUCAGCCGAAUGAGAUCCGCGUGCCCAGAGACAGGAAGGGCCGUUCAGUGCCACUGAGAAUGUCUCUUUAUUCUGCGCGUCUCCUCGAAGAAGGGGUGGAUGUUGCCAAGCUCCCACGCGAGUUUCAGGUUGAGCUGCUCUACAUUCAGUGCCUCACUAUCCAGCUUGUUACCGACCAGAUCACUUCGAGAGACGAAAACGGGCUAUGGCUCACCUUGGACACCGCCGAGGCCGUGUCGGAGGCAGAAUCCCUGGUGACGACUCUGAGGACCUCUAUCAUCAACAAGAGCUCGCUGGCGUCUCAGUGGUGGGAUAACUCGGUGGACGAAGAGCAGGCUCACAUAUUCCGCGGACUUGUCGACCUUCUCAAGGAAGAGUCCAGGGAGCUGACGUCCAGAGGUGUCUACAGUGCCCGGGCUCUGAGCGACAUCAUCCAGGCCGUGGCCGAGGCACACGGCCUGCUGCCCAGUCUGGAGGAGACACUGCUCAAGCCAGUGCUGACGAAGGCUGCCCCAGAGACUGCUCUUCUCGCUGCUGCCUCGAUUUCCGGAUUUGGGGAGACGAUCAAGUCUUCCAAACUGGCGAGCAACUUUUGCAACCGGCUCGUCAGCGACAUUGCAGGAGCUUCUGCAGAUGACAGUAAAACCAUGAUGAUUCUCGUUCUGCUUUCUCUGUCGGCGCAGGUGUAUGACGGUGGAGAGCUUCCGGUGGCCAACAACCGCAUCGUGUUCGCCGUCAGACAGAUUACGUCGUGGCUAGAAGACGGCGAGCCAUUGAGCGCGCCUCUCUCGGCCGAGAUCUGCCGAGUGCUGAACCAGCUGCUGCCCUGCAUGAGCGACGUCUUUGGCUCGUACUGGGAAAAGGCCAUUGAGUUCAGUCUCGAUCUGUGGGAGCAGGCGGCCAGCUACCCUCUUCCCGACGCCCUGCCCUUCAUCCACUCCUCGCUCAAGCUUGUCAAGACGCUGGAGAACAUUGAGGAUCCAAACGACGAUUUGCAGGACGCACUCCGAGAAUCGGCGAGCAAGAGGUCCAAGUCGCUGAUUGAGCUGCUGAAGCUGCCGCGCGGAGCCAGCAGCCAGCCCCUGGAGAUUGUAGACGCCAUGCUUUGCCGGGAGGUGGAGAAGGUGUCUAUCAAGAACUUGAAGGACGUCUCGGAUAUCUACGAGCUGGUUGCUUCAGAAUCGCAGGAUAUUCAGACGGCGGCCUUUGAUCUGCUGCACAGGGCAUUGCCGGCGAUUCAGGAGCAGCGGUCCAUUGACACCGUUCUGGACAAGACUGAUGCUCGUCUCCCUGAUGAACUACUGUCUCUGCUCCUCGACGCCCCUACUCUGGAGCGGUAUUCCGACGAGAUGCUGGCGCAGUUCCCGUCCCCCAUCCGCAGCUACUUGCUAUCAUGGAAGCUUGUCUUUGACGCAUACUCGGCGUCGUCGUUUAAGCUGAGGAGCGACUUUACAGAAAACCUAAAGACGGACGAUUACAUUUCACCCUUUUUGGACUUCAUGUUUGACGUCCUCGGCCACUCGGCGGCACAUCCGCUGAACCUCGAGAGAGAACAGCUCACGACGGAGCAUAUCCAGAACUACGACAUCAAGGUCGCCCGGUCGGAGCCGGAAGAACGGAGCAUGCAGUGGCUGCUGGUGCACCUGUUUUACCUGACGCUCAAGUACAUCCCCGGCCUCUUCAAGGCAUGGUACCUGGCCUGUCGCUCCAAGCAGACGCGCAUCGCGGUCGAGGCCUGGACGACAAAGUACUUUUCGCCGCUCAUCAUUUCCGAGACGCUGGACGACGUGCAGGCGUGGGUAGACCAGCAGGAGCCUCCCGGGCCUGACGAGCAGGAGGUGGUCGUGCGGAUCUCCAAGAACGCGCGCGAGGUGCUCGUGGGCUACGAGGUGGACGAGACGCAAGCGUCCAUCGUGAUCAAGGUGUCGCCCAACUACCCGAUCGAGGCCGUGACGGUGACGGGCCAAGAAGCCGUCGCCGUCAAGGAGCGCACGUGGAACAGCUGGAUCAUGACGACGCAGGGCGUCAUCACCUUCUCGGGCGGCAGCGUGAUUGACGGGCUGCAGAUCCUCAAGCGCAACAUCGUGGGCGCGCUCAAGGGCCAGACGGAGUGCGCCAUCUGCUACAGCGUGAUCGCGGCCGACAAGCGCAUGCCGGACAAGCGGUGCUCGACGUGCAAGAACCUGUUCCACCGGACGUGCUUGUACAAGUGGUUCCAGAGCAGCAGCCAGAAUACGUGUCCGCUGUGCAGGAACCCGAUUGACUAUCUGGGUUCCGAUGGGCAGAAGAGGAGGCGUGCGCAGAGGGAGAGGGAUGAUUUUUGA